AUGCGCGAGAUCAUUAAGGUUGAACGGCACAACGCUGUCGUGAAGAAUAUCGGUGCUGAGAAGGUGGCGGUCCGGUUCUCCCCUUACGCCGGAUUUCAAGGUUCCGAGAAGACGGACUUCAUCGAGCUGUACACGUACCUCAUCAUGGAGCUCAAAAAGAUGAACGUCAAAUUCGCUUACCUGUCUCUGGUCGAGGCAACUGGAGAUCCUGGUGUCUUGAUUCGAGAUGAGAAAAAUAUCAACGUUGGCAAGACAUUAGACUUCAUCCUAGAAGCCUUGGACAAUUACGCUCCUGUAAUGGUGGCAAGGGGCUAUCAACCUGAUUCCGCUGCAUGGGUAGUAGAAGAGCCCUACAAGAAAUGGGACCUGAUGGUUGCCUUCGGACUGCACUUCAUUGCCAACCCGGACUUGGUCUUCAGGUUUCAGCAUGGCAUUCCCCUAACCAAGUACAAACGUGCAACUGUCUACCUCAAAAAGCAAUGGGAGGGAUAUAAUGAUUAUCCGUUCGGUCAUGAAUUUCUGAAGGCACAUCCAAGGCCAUACAUCCUAUGA